UAUUAUAUCUAAAAUACGAAUCCACAGUAGUUUGCUUCUAUUCCGAGAAGCGUCUCUAUUGUUUCUUUUGUAUACUUUUAAGCCCGUAUCAAAGUAUGCAUUAAAAAUUGAGAGAGUAGAAUCAAAUUCCACCUUGCAAUACGAACUUAAAGUUUAGUGAGGUAGAAAAGUAGGAUGUGCGUCUAGAUUCAUCGAAUAAUUCAUUUGGCGUUAUCACGUUUUGUCCAUGUGUUCCUGUUUUAAAAUGUAUUUAAUUUGAUUUUUAAUCUUAAUCCCAGAAUAUCACAUUACUACACUAGUACCUGGUGAGGAUUAACGUUGUGAAUUUAUAGAAUACAACGUACAGUUUUACAUCGGAACAUAUAAUGACAAUUGGAGUUUUCAGUCAAGUAUUAAGAAGCACACGUUUCAUCAAAUUUUCUAACCUUCUUCUGUGGAAGAAAACAUAUACACUCGGCUUUCCACUCAGAACGAUGUCGGGAAAAUCGAUUAUGAAAAUCGGUACGCACGAUGGUACUUUCCACUGCGAUGAGGUGCUCGCCUGUGCGUUCUUAAAAUUGCUGCCGCAAUAUAAAGAUGCUUCUAUAGUGAGAUCUCGAGAUCAGAAUAUCUUAGACACCUGUGAUAUUGUAGUGGACGUUGGUGGAGAAUAUGAUCCAUCCAGGCAUCGAUAUGACCAUCAUAUGAGACAUUUUCAAGAAUCAGUAAGUAGCAUUAUGAAAAAACCAGGAUAUGAUUGGACAAUAAAAUUGAGUAGUGCAGGCCUGGUGUACUGUCAUUUCGGACAUGAAAUAUUGAGAAGUGUACUUCCAGAGGUAACAGACGACAGAGUCAUUGAAGAAAUCUUCAAAAAGGUCUACGACACCUUAAUCAAGGAAAUUGAUGCCAUAGACAAUGGCGUGCCAAUGUAUGAUGGAGAACCAUUAUAUCGAAUAGUUACUGAUUUAAGUGCACGUGUAAGCAGACUAAACCCUCAAUGGAAUAAUCAAGAUGUGAAUAUCGAUGAACGAUUUGAGAAAGCUAUGGCUCUGACUUUAGAGGAAUUCUUAGAAUUUGUGCAGUACGCGAAAAAAGUUUGGCUGCCAGCAAGAGAUGUUGUCCGACGCGCCGUGGAGAAUCGAUAUGAGGUUGAUCCGAGUGGAGAAAUAAUAAUGUUGUCGCAAACGGUACCAUGGAAAGAGCAUUUAUUUCAAUUGGAAGAGGAAAUGAAUGUUUCGCCGUCAAUAAAAUACGCCAUUUUUGAGAGCGACGACUCUUAUCGAAUUCAAUGUAUGCCGGUGGCGGCGGGAAGUUUCGUGUGCAGGAUGUUCCUACCGGAAGUUUGGGGUGGUUUGCGCUCUGACGCACUUGUAGAAGCCUGCGGAAUCGAAGGCGCCGUAUUUGUACACUCUGUUCGAUUUAUCGGUGGAAACAAAACAAAAGACGGCGCAUUGGCUAUGGCGCGGAAAGCGCUUGAAAUCGGAAAGGCUGUAGAAUGUGUAGAUUGACAAUGAUACGCAAGACAUGUCUAGAUUGCUAAUUUUUUUCAGAGAACUGUAUCGCAUGAUUAUUAUAAGACAAAUUAAAAAAAAAAAUAACGUUUUUAAAACGUUGCGCUCUUUUCUAUAUAUUUUCGUGUAUUCGAAUACACUGAUCGUAUUUUAUACUGGAAUUACAACAUAGGAAAAGAAUUUUUGGUUUGUCAUACAUCAGGUAUUUAUGAGCAUAAUUUAAUUAAGGUCAAAUUGCGUAAUACACUUUUACAGAUAUUAAAA